CUCGGGUAGUCAUCGGAAAUCAUCUUGUCUCUGUCACUACGGUUAAUUUUGACCGCAUCUCGUUCCGGACGGGGUAAAAAACCCCGACUCUGCCCGCCGUAGAUAUACGUGCCGCGCCGACCGUACGUCGCACCGCAAAUGGCUUGUCUGAACACCCUUAAGCAGGAAAUCAAAACGCUCGAAUCCGUCUUCCCCAAGAGCCAUGAGAGGUUUCAGAUAAUGUCUGCGAGCGUGGACGAACUCAGCUGCAGAUUCGUCGGUAAAAAUGGGAAGAAGUAUGAAAUACACGCCAAUAUCACAGAAACCUAUCCUUCAACGCCGCCCGUUUGGUUUGCCGAAUCCGAGGAAACUAGUGUUACGAAUGCUGUACAAAUUUUAAGUAACACAACAGGCCGUGACAACCACGUAAUCAACCAAGUUGGUAUCCUGUUGAAAGAAUUAUGCAGAUUACAUUCGUUACCGGAACCACCGGAUGUUGAAAGGCUGAGAACCGCUUUGGAUCCCUUACGAUUAGGAGGAUCGAAUGAAACGGUGGCACAAAGGAUGGAUGCUGAAGACUUAGAUGAUAUUGACGAAGAUGAAGACAGUGAGACUGAAGAAGACCUUCAUCUGGAUAUGGACGAAGGAGACGCUAAUUCUAAAAAUAAGAGUGAAGAAAUGGAUUUGGAACAUCUUGCGACGUUGGAAAGGUUGAGACAGAAUCAGAGACAAGAUUAUUUAAAAGGAUCUGUUUGUGGAAGUGUACAAGCAACAGAUAGACUCAUGAAAGAAUUGCGUGAUAUAUACCGAAGUGACAGCUUUAAAAAGGGAAUGUAUAGCAUAGAACUAGUAAAUGACAGUUUGUAUGAAUGGAAUAUCAGAUUGAUGUGUGUAGAUCCUGAUUCACCACUUCAUAGCGAUCUCAUUCUUUUGAAAGAAAAAGAAGGCAAAGACAGUAUUCUUCUCAAUAUGCUUUUCAAGGAAACGUAUCCGUUCGAACCUCCAUUUGUAAGAGUGGUACAUCCUAUUAUAUCUGGUGGAUAUGUUCUUGUGGGAGGUGCCAUUUGCAUGGAGCUUCUUACAAAACAAGGAUGGAGUUCGGCGUAUACAGUAGAAGCUGUUAUAAUGCAGAUUUCAGCGACGUUAGUGAAAGGGAAAGCGCGUAUACAGUUCCAAGGAUCAGGUGGCGCUGGUAAAGUGUGUGGCGGACAAGGCCAAUAUAGUUUGGCACGUGCCCAACAGUCAUUCAAGUCUCUUGUACAAAUACAUGAAAAGAAUGGUUGGUUUACACCUCCAAAAGAGGAUGGCUAAUGAACACCAACUGCGGAAAAGUACCGAAAAUAUGAUACAUGCUUACAGCUGAGACUUUAAUUCGGUGUGUGCCCAAACAAGUAAUUGUUAUGAUAAUGAUUUGAUACACA